AUGCCCACAACUGGAGUGCCAGUUCCCGGACCAAAAGCCGAUGGAAGGGAACGGAGCGGUGCCUGGCGGGCAGGCUCGGUCAGCGAGGACCGGUCAGAGAUCCCCACGCUGAGGGGUACCUCAAGGAUGCUUGACCACAUCAGGCCUGUUUCUUCCUCCCUGGAGCAGAGUUUUGUUCCAGAAGAGGUUUUCCGAAGCCUGACCUGUGCCAGCGGUUCUCUCCACAGCCCAGAGUACUUAUGGUCCCCGCAAACCACCAAAACCCCAUUGGGCUUCAGGGGCUGCCUGCAAACCCCAGAUCGGCUUUGGCAUUAUCCUAAUCGUCGGAGCAAGUUCAGACACCUGACAGACCACCCUGUCAGUUUGACGGGUGCUGGAAGGGAUGUCUCUUACCUGUGUGACAUUGCGACUGGCCAAGAAGCUAAGAAAGCAAUGACUGGCAGGAGUUCUUUUUCUGAGGGUCGUCGGGACCGGAGAGGGAGCCGUGGUACAGUCCUACGUACUCCUCGAGCAACCCUAGCAGAUAGUCUGGUUCCCCAGGAAUUUCACAUCGUGAAGAACAGGGGAGUUUUGCCUUUGAAGUACUUCGAUGAUAAAUACACAACGCUGCUUGAAGACCGUGAAAAGAAGCUACGGCUGUUCCCAUCCGUGAAACCUUCUGGGAGGUUAGAGGUCAUCCAGCUGAUGGAGGUGAUGGACAGCAUGUUGGAAAAAGCUGGAGUAGACAAGCUAAUCAGAGUAACAGGACCUUCACAGCUGCACAACGCGCUGGAGCUGAUGAAGGCGGAGCAGAACAUCUACAACAUCGUUUUCCAUGAGCUGAUUCGGCAGGUCAGCGUGGACUGCGUGGAGAGAGGACAGCUGCUUUCGAAGCUCAGGCAGAGGUACGUGGGUCUCCUGGAGCGGAUUCCUGAACAGAUGAAGACCCUCUACAAAAAAAUGAUGGCACAGCGGAUGGUCAACAGACAUAUUACAGAAGAACUACUCUAUUUUAAAGAAUCUGUUGGACAGCUGGCCAGCGAGCUGUGUGAGGUACGAGAGCAUGACCGCAAGGUGACCAAAGAAGCAGAAAAAGCUCAAGAGGAGCUAGCCGCCGCCAUGCACGAGGCUAAGGCGAAUGCAAACCUUUUGGAAGAGUAUCGGGAGUUAUACGAGUUACAGAGAAGACGACUGGAAGAGCAGGUUCUGCUGCUAGCUCAAGAGAGAGACAUUUGGAGCUCAGCUACGUGUGACCUGGCUCUGAAGAUAAUAGACAGAAACCAGCUCACAUUGGUUCGCAGGCUUCAUGUUAGUGGAAAGACACUGACCAACGUUCUCAAGCAUUUCAUAGUCCUCUUGGCCUCAAAGGACACGGGAGACCUGGCUGAUCUGCAGGAAGAGACCGAGCAGUUCAGGGAGAGGUUGGGUCGCGUUGGAGCAGAAAUAGAGCGUUCCGAGGAGUCCAGCCAGGGGAAACUGCAAAUUGUCUGCAGCAGCCUCAACGAGCGGCUUCAGUACUUCCAUUGCAGUGACUCCUCCUCUCCGAUGAAUGAAAAGCUACUGGAUGAAAUCCUACAAGAUACCAAGAACUUGAUAAAUAUGCUAAAAGAAGACCUGCAGCAGUACGGAGGGGAGGUGUACCUAAGAAAGAUGGAAAGUCUGAGAAGCGCUGCCAGCCUGCAGGAGCACUGGACAGAGCUGGGACAAACAGUGCUGAAUCGACACCAGGACUUUGCUGGAGCGUUGCCUCCACAGCACGCUGCCCUGGAAGAAAUAAACCAAAGGGCAUGUGAACUCUACUGGCAAUAUGAUAUAAGGAUAAGUGGGAAUAAUGGCACUGCUAGGUUUUUGACAGCCUUGGUGAGAAGUAUGGAAGAUUGGUUAUUCAAGGUGCAAAAGCUGAAGCGAGGGUCUGGCACAGAUGAAGCUGAGCUGUGGGCAUUUUAUCAUGAGAUUCCUGCGUGGCUGGCCCAGGUGGAUGCAGUGAUGAGCUGUAUAGGCUCCAGCCAGUUGCAUGAAGCUGAGAGCGAUAAGAAACCACAUUUCCCGGUGGUACCUAGAGAAUUUUUUAAGAUGAUUCGGCGAUGGGUUCUGUCCAUGAAUAAUGAGGUUGAGAAGAACAUCACGCAUCUUAAUGAAAAAGUGACUGAACUGCACAGAAACCUGACCCUGUGGCUGGUGAAUUUGCUGAGACACAUGACAGCAGACCGCUUGUCCUGGGAGUGUCCCCAGCAGCAAGAAUCAGACACCGAGAUGGACGAGGAGCUCAGACUUCUGAGGGCUCGUAAGCUGCAGCAUGAAGCUGAAGAGCUGGUUGCAGAGAUGGGCAGACUCUCUGGUUCUAUAGUCAGCUGCUGCCGCGAGAUUGUCAGUGCAAUUGUUCAAAAGAAACGGUCUGAGAUGGAUUUAGAAGCUGAUUUUGAGCUGGAGGAGCUGAAUAAGAUCAAGACUGAGUGCUGUAAUUGGAUUCAAGUGUGUAGUCUUCUCCUUUCAGAGAUCAAAGGCACUCCGGUCUCCUUUCUGGAUUUAGAAAAACUGAGAAACCUCUUCGGAUCGGAGGAAUUGCAAUUGAAGCUUAAGCUUAAGGAUACUAUAAUUUCUUCAACUCAGGAAGAGCUUGAAGCUGAAGGUGCCAACAGCAGUAGGAAACCUGUAACAGAGGAAGAAACAUUAGAAGUAAAGGAGGAAAUUGCUAUUAUGCAGCAGCAGCCAGGUGCUGGUAUGGAUUAUCUGAGUGAGGACAAUGAAGCUACUGCAGACAUCAUCAGAUAUGUAGGGCAUGACUCCAACAUCCACCUGAAGUCUCUGAAAUCAGACAUCGUUUCAGUUACAGGGAGGGAGAUGACUGCCACCAAGUCGUCGACUCCCUUUUCUCAGAAAGAGUUUGAAGCCCUGGCAAUGCUGGAACAUCUGCAAGUGCAGCUCCUAGAAACAGAGAUCCGUGCUCAGAAUGCAGAGGAGAGAUCUGAAGGUCUUGAAGAGAAGCUGGAAGAAGCUCUGCAGAGAAUCAAAGAGCUAGAGAGUGAACUGGAGAAGGAGGGGAAAGUCAUCCCAGAAGCAACACACGGAGAAGGGCAAGAAAAAUGUUUCCAAGAAAGCGUCUCAGAAGUCAGGGCCUGCUCAAGUCCCAAAGCUUCUACCUCUGGCCAGUCCAAGGGAUCCAGAAAAAGCAAACAUUAAAGAACAGCAAUGCCUGAGUAGUUUCUUAGUGCCCAUUCAUAGUAGCAUUUCUCCCCCAAUCCACUGCCUUACUCCUCAUCCACUACCCCAACAUCUCUGUGCCAUCUCAGCAUUUACGCUGUUCUUCUAGCUGGCUCUACCACUUCCACACCUGUCUUGCUUGUCCUCUACCUCCUCCCACAGCUCUAAUAUCUUUACAGCUUGUCUUCCUUGUAAUACCAUUGCUACCUUGACUUUCUCCUACCCACAUCUCUCCUGCCUGCAUGCCCUCCUCCCCUCUCCUUGCCCUGUGCUUGCCUCCUGUUUGUGUUCAUCAGUCUCUUCUUGUUGCUCUGUCUCAUUCAGCCUCAUCCCUGUUGGCUCCUGCAAGUAAGUUGUUUGCACCUCUUUCCUCUCAUAUUAAGGGUUUUUUUUUCCUCAGUGCCAGCAUGGCCUGGUUGUGUAUCUGAUAAUGGGUACGUCCUUCAUCCUCUGGGCUUCAGAUGAUCCAGUU